CUCUUUGGCGCAUACAAACCGUGUCAUGUAACCGCACCAAGAAGCGCUAAGGAGGGCGGAAGACUAAUAUUUUUAGGCGCUUAUAAGUCUGUCGGUAUAAGAAUAAUAGUAUUUCGAAGCAAUGUCUUCGCUAGCUGUGUCUUCAAAGAGAAGGCGAGAUGCCACAAAAAGUAAAUUCAAGGUUAUGGGAAAUCAUAAUGAAUUCCUUUCUCGCAUAAAGAAGACACUGUAUUAUGGCAAACUUCCAAUUACGGAAAGAUUCAGUCUUCCAGUUUCAGAACUGGCAGCAGAACUUUUCUCAGAGGUUAAGAUUGGUCAUAGUCUGGAACGUUUGGAUUUGGAGGAAGCCUCUGCAAUGUCUAGAAGUGCUUGCGUCUCCCCUUGCUCACUAGUGCUUGCUUUAUUGUAUCUGGAGCGUCUUAAAACCUGUAAUCCUGAAUAUUUACAACGAGUUGCACCUUCAGAACUUUUUGUCAUUUCAAUGAUGGUUGCUAGUAAAUUUUUACAUGAUGAUGGAGAACCAGACGAAGUAUUCAAUGACGAAUGGGCUGCAUCAGCAGGACUCACUCUGGAGGAUAUAAAUCAGUUUGAGAGGGACUUCCUGCAGGCUAUUAAAUGGGAGGUAUUUGUCAGCAAUCAAGCAUUUUGGACAAGACUUUAUAGGAUGGAGAAAGACAUUGCUCUGAAGGAGGGCAAACGUAGAGGCUGGUUCUCGUAUACAGACCUUGAAAACCUGCUGGAUACAGUGGACUUAGCUGCACUUGCGCAGGCAGUUUUAACUGUUUCUGUUGUCUGUCUGACGAGUUACACAGCCAGUGUACUGACAAUGAUUGGCUCAGCAUUCAUCGUUAGUCAGAUCCCAGGAACGCCUAUAAGCACAAGUGUAUCAUCAUCAACCAGUAACUUACCAUCAUCUGUUCUCCAAGAAACUUCAGGCGUCCAGCCACAGCCUCGAGUGCUGCCACCAGGCGAUGUUUUAGCUACAAGCUUCAUCUUAGCAUCACUUGGUUCUUGUCCUUCAGUGAAUGAGUCUGAGGCUUCUGGUUUUCUCUGUAAUGAUGACAGUGGGACUGCUUGCUUCCAUGAUCAGUACCUAGUAAAUAAAAGUGAUGAUAUCUUGUGGUCACAUGGCAGUGUUUGGUGGACUGAAUUGGUUUCGGGCUGGAUGAAAUAUAUGAACUGGCAGUUGUGGGAGUCUGAAGUCAGAGAGUCACUUCCAGUUAAUGUUCAUCUUCUCAAUACAAAGGCUAGAUCACAAGUACAUACCAUUGGACAUAAGACAUACAAGUUAGAUGAUUCAGCAAACGGAUCAGGUGCAAAUUCUCGAGAGGUGACGGAGAAUGUUGAGGCUCUAGAGAAUUCUCAGGAAUGGAUCACAGAAAUUCAUAACUGGUUAGACCAGACAGUGUUAGAAAGAAGUUCACAAACCAAGUUUUUUCACCUAGAAAUGGCAGUGAGCAAUUACUAACAUGUGCUUGUUUUAUAUCCUCAGUGAAUUUGUGAGUCUGUGGCAAACAAGUUAAUGUAGUUGUUAAAAGGGGAAAUUUCAAAUUAACUUAGAAUUUCAUAUCCUCUGCAGUAUUUUUUUUUUUUUUUUGAAGAAACUUUCAGAUGGCUAUGCAUGAAACAGCUUUCAGUUAUGGUGCUCAAUAAGUAUUUUUAGUAACUACUCUCACCAUGUACAGUGUAAUUAUUAUGUCAAAUUGUGAACAUACUUAACUUUUUUGUGUGUGUGUUCAGGCAGAAAUACAGUGUACUCAUCCUGUUCAUCCGAACCAAAUGAUGAUGUAUAAUUAAAUUACAGUGUUCCAUCA